AUGGCUAGAACUUCUUUGGAAGAGAUUCUGUUAAGCAGAUCUCAUAGCGAUGAAAGAACUAAAGAUUUACUAGCCACUAGAUAUUCUGUUUCAGGCGAUCAGAAACCGUUCUUGGUCCUUACUCCCACUAAAGGCAACAACAAAUUAUCUGGCAAGGCAUUGGUCGCUCCAGAAGCUGCUGGAAAAGAACACAAAAACAACGAAAAAAUAUACAAGAGCAAAAAGAGCCAAUUAACGAAUGCCAGAACUGCUCUUUCCGAUUACAUUUUAGAAUCUAAAAAUUGUCAGAAGAUAGUAAAGAGCAAGCUACGGAGUAAACAGUUCAAUUCUGUUGAUGAGCUUCCUAGUAGUUUGAUAGCAAAUGUCCCAAAAUAUGAGAAUUUCCUCGAACUUCACAGAAUAUGGAAAUUGUAUAUUACGGAUUUAAUAUAUGGAUCCAAUGCUAGUGUGUCUACAAGAGCAGAUAGACCAUCACGAGCCCAGGAGUUAGCUACGGCGACGAAACUGACAACAGCUGAUUUUCAUGGAUCUCUAUUAAAAGUUACAUCGUCUCAUAAUCCCACAUUAAUUGGUCUGAAAGGUAUUGUUAUUUGGGAAAGCAAGUCUUCUUUCGUCAUUGUUUGUGAAUCAAGUGGCUCAAACAUUGGUGGAUUACGUAUUCUAAAUAAGAAGGGAACGCGUUUUAGUACCACCGUAUACCAAGGGGAAUCAGAUACAACAGGAUACUCCUACGAAAUUCUAGGCUCACGGCUAAUCUACAGGACUGCUGAUAGAUCAAAUAGAAAAUUCAAAAGCCGAAGUAUAGAGGAUCUAUGA